UCCUAGUUUCAGAGGGAGAGAGGAAGAGAAGAGAAGAGGAAAAAGAAAAGAGUAGAGAGAGAGAGAGGAAAGAGAGAGAGAUGGCUUUGAAGUUUCUGAACAAGAAGGGAUGGCAUACGGGGAGCCUGAGGAAUAUCGAGAACGUGUGGAAAGCAGAGCAGAAACACGAUGCCGAACAGAAGAAAUUAGAAGAACUCCGGAAGCAGAUCCAAGAAGAGCGCGAGCGUAAUGAAUUCCGUCUCCUCCAACAACAAGCUGGCCUUGUCCCUAGCCAAGAGCGAUUGGAUUUCCUCUAUGACUCUGGAUUGGCCGUUGGUAAGGGCAGUUCCGAUGGAUUCAACGCCCUGGAAGCCAUUCCAAAGACCCAAACCGAACCUUCCUCCUCCAAACAGCAGGAGCCUGUUCCUGGAGCUUUAUUUGAGGAUAAGCCUCAGUCAGCCAAUGAUGCAUGGAGGAAACUCCAUUCAGAUCCAUUGCUCCUGAUACGACAGAGAGAGCAGGAAGCCCUGGCCCGGAUAAAAAACAACCCUGUCCAAAUGGCUAGGAUUCACAAAUCUGUUGAAGAAAAGAAGAAGCACAAGGAGGAGAAACACAGGAAGAAAGAACACAAGAAGCAUCACAAGAAGUCGAAGCCUGAGAAGCACUCAUCUAAAUACCUGUCAGAUUCUGAAGAGGCCACAAGUGGAGGGGAAGAAGAGAGAAGUAAGAGAAGUGGUCAAGUGAGCGAGCAUCACAAGAAGUCAAAGCAUUCAUCUAGCGGCCAGUUCGAUUCAGAAGGGGCCACGAGCGAAGUGGAAGAGGAGAGAAGUAAGAGAAGUCGUCAUGUGGACGAUCAUCCCAGGAGGUCAAAGCAUUCAUCCAAGGGUCAUUCAGAUUUUUCAGGAGUUGGGAGUGAAGGAGGAGAAGAGCGAAGCAAGAGAAGUCAUGCAGAUGGGCGUCAUCGCAACGCUGCCUACGAGUCAGAGAACGGCCAUGCUAGAACUGAUGUGUCCACUGUCCGGCAUGGAUUGCAAAACAAGCGCUCCCGGACUGCUCCAAAGCUUUUGGCAGAAGAGAAAGCAGCACCGGCACGAGAGAUGCAACUUGAUGCCGAGCUGCAUGAAGUGGAAGAGGAGAGAAGUAAGAGAAGUCGUCAUGUGGACGAUCAUCCCAUGAGGUCAAAGCAUUCAUCCAAGGGUCAUUCAGAUUUUUCAGGAGUUGGGAGUGAAGGAGAAGAAGAACGAAGCAAGAGAAGUCAUGCAGAUGGGCGUCGUCGCACUGCUGCCUAUGAGUCAGAGAACAGCCAUGCUAGAACUGAUGUGCCCACUGUACGGCAUGGAUUGCAAAACAAGCGCUCCCAGACUGCCCCAAAGCUUUCGGCAGAAGAGAAAGCAGCACGGGCACGAGAGAUGCAACUUGAUGCCGAACUGCAUGAAGAGCAGAGAUGGAAGCGACUGAAGAAGGCAUCAGAGGCCGAUGUGCAGGAGGCAAAUCAAGCAAAAACUUCUAGCAGCAAGAACUUCUUGGAUGCAGCACAGAAAAGUGUGUAUGGAACGGAGAAGGGAGGGAGCUCCACCAUUGAGGAGAGCGUCCGUCGUCGGACCUACUAUCUGCAGGGAAAGUCAGACCGUGAAGGCAAUGCUUUCCGGAGAUGAGGUUGGACCCACAACCCCGACUUUGGAGCACAUUGGACAUAGCCACUAGAGCAGUGAGGCUCAAACCCAUUUGAACUUUUUCCCAUUUGCCAAAUGCCUCUUCUCGGUCACCCCUCAUGAUUUAUAUACAAAAACAUUGGAGAAGGUGGUGAAUCCGACUUAUCGGUUUAUAGGAAAGAGGCAUGUUGUCCAGUGAGGCUCGGGCAGCUAUGAGCAUUUGAAAUCUGGUUGUAUGUUAUGCUUUUAUUGAGAAAUAUUUGAUAUCAAGGUUUCAGUGUGGACUGGAGCAUUGCCCAGUUCCAUCUCCA